CUUUGUGCGGGUGAGGAGGGCUGUGUGCGGGCCGGCCAGGGGGAGCUGCCAGCUGGUUGAAUGUCGUGAACAGUCUCCUUAGUCUCGGUGCAUUCAACUGAUAACUGGAUGGAGCUUUAACUCGGACGUGCUUGUUUGAGCCAUUGCGAUGGAAUAGGACUGUAAAAGAGGAAACGAUGAAUAACCAACUAAAGAAAAAACGGAUGUAACAAACCGACAACCAGAAUGCCAAGUGGAACAAAAGAUACUUCUUGUUAUCCGCCUCCGUGCCCGAGUUCAGCGGACUGAACUAACCUGCAGCUAAACAGGCUAACGUUAGCUGAGUUAACGCUAGCUACACAACGGUUUCCAGCAUCCUUGUUUGCCUGUUUGUGAGUGAAUCUCAUUGACUGGCUCGCCAUGGCAGCAGUGGUUAGCUACUCCCCACCAUGGUGGGUGAACAUCAUUCACAGACUUCCCCAUUUCAACCUCAUGUUCGAGCAAACAAGCAGUGACUUCCGACCAGAAGACUGGACAUAUCAACAGUCUAUCCUGCUACUUGGAGGAGUGGCGCUGGCCUGUCUGGCCCUUGACCUUGUGUUCCUGCUCAUCUAUUCCAUUUGUCUGUGCUGCCGGCGGAAGAAAAAUGAGGGUCAGCCCAACGCAGACUGCUGCUGCACAGCCUGGUGUGUCAUCAUCGCCACACUCGUCUGCAGCGCUGGCAUUGCUGUCGGUUUCUAUGGGAACGGCGAGACUUGUGAUGGAGUGAACCGGCUGACGUAUUCCCUGCGCCAUGCUAACCGCACAAUCACCGGGGUGGAGAAGCUGGUUUAUGACAGCACAUCCUCAUUGAACCAGACGGUAGACUUGAAUCUGCUGCAGCUUGAAGCCCAGUAUGCUCAGCAUGCCGACUACCUGUCCAUCAUCCAAAAACUGCAGGGCCAGCUGGACGAGCUGGUCAGGCAGAUGGUGGAGAUCCCCUUCUGGCAAAACCCCAACAUCUCCCUGGAGGAGCUGGCUGUCAAUAUUGAGUUGUACGACUGGUACAGGUGGCUGGGCUACAUAGGCCUGCUACUGUUCGACAUCCUCAUCUGCCUCCUGGUGCUGUUUGGCCUCAUUCGGAACUCCAAGGGAACGCUUAUAGGGGUGUGCUUCUUUGGUGUGGUGGCUCUGGUUAUCAGCUGGCUCACCCUCGGGCUGGAGGUGGCCGUCUCUGCGACCUCCAGUGACUUCUGUGUUGCUCCUGACACAUUUGUCACCAAAAUGGCCGACCAAUAUGGAGUUAUCAACAAAGAUAUCCUGAUGCACUACCUUAGUUGCAGUUUGGAAAAAACCAACCCUUUCCAGCAGAAGCUCUCUGGGAGCCACAAAGCAUUAGUGGAGAUGCAGGACGACGUGUCCGAGCUGCUGCGCUCCGCCACCAGAGAGUACAAACAGACUCAGGGAGAGUUAGAAGAGAUCCAGGGGAUCCUGAACACCACGGAGAUCAGUCUUCAUCAGCUCACUGCUCUGGUGGACUGUCGCAGCCUGCACAUGGACUUUGUGCAGGCCAUGACGGGACUGUGCUAUGACGGACUGGAAGGCCUCAUCUACCUCGUGCUCUUCUCCUUCAUCACUGCUCUGAUGUUCAGCUCCAUUGUUUGCAGUGUGCCUCACACCUGGCACAGCAAGAGGGACGAGGAUGACAGUGAGGACGAGUCUCUAAGCCACGGGGGACGGCAGAACCACGACAACCUGUAUCGGGUUCACAUGCCCAGCCUGUACAGCUGUGGCAGCAGCUACGGCAGCGAGACCUCCAUCCCUGCCGCCGCCCACACCGUCAGCAACGCACCUGUCACCGAGUAUAUGGCUCAGAACGCCAACUUCCAGAACUCUCGCUGUGAAAACACGCCGCUGAUAGGACGAGAGUCUCCUCCGCCCUCGUACACCUCCAGCAUGCGGGCUAAGUACCUGGCCCACAGUCACCCAGACCCCAACAGCCGCCCGGACCCCAACAGCCGCCCGGACCCCAACAGCCGCCCGGAUCCCAACACCCGCCCGAACCCCAACAGCCGCCCGGACCCAAACAGCCGCCCGGACCCAAACAGUCGCCCAGACCCAAACAUCCGCCCCAACUCCAACAGCCGCCGAGAACGCCGAGACCCAAACAGCCCCCCCGCCGCACACUAAACCACAGUGACGUCUCUCCUGUGUCUUUCAGUCUUUUCAGUCCCUCCUCCGCCUCCCCUUCCCUCCGCCAUCUCACUUGAAUUUAAAAGGAAAAACCACACAUGCUUUUUUCGCUGGUUGGUUAAAGCAAAAAUCCUAGUGCACAUACUACCAGAAUCAUCCUCGGUGCUGGGGAGCCAUCUGCAGCUCUCAAUGUGAUGGAGCCAGGGCUGACUUUUACACUCCGACUUUUCGUUUUUUACACAUGAAAGCACCACGACAUGCACAGUGUCACAUCUAACACAGAGGACUCAUUAGAAUAACACUGAUUACUACUGGUUGUUGUUGUUGUUUUUGUAAAGUACUGUACUGCACUCUCUCAGAAAGAAAACUGCCUUCGCAUAAAUACAGGAGGAAUACGGGAAUACCUGAAGUGUAGACAUUAAUUCUCACAUAGUUUAAACUGUUGUAAAAUACAUUUGAUAGUGCAACAUCUCGAUUUAAAAUGCAGGUCUACUUAAGAUUUGCAUUAUCCUCCAGUUCAAGCCUCUGAUACUGUAUAUGAAACAUGCCCAUUGACUUUCUUUUAGGAUGCUGUGUUAAAUCCGAUGUAUGGGACCAGUUUUACUUGCAUGUCUUACAGGUCUGAAAUGGAAUUUUUUUGCGUCUCGGGAUUUCCUGUGGCAUUAUUUGUUUUUAAAUACAUUGAGCCACUAUUCUACAGCGAUGACUGCAACCUGUGAAUCUGUGAACUCGGCUCCUCCUCUCAAAGGAUUUGAGAAAGACAAAGAUGAGCUGUUAGAUGGAAAUGCAGCUGUUUGGCGAAAACAGUCUCAAAGGGAGGACGAUGCUCAUCCAAAAAAUGAAAGAGAUGGGAGGAACCGUGACGAGUUUGAUAAAGACGCUGGUCCGUAGUUUCUACAGACCAUGGUGAAGCAGAGGAGGACAUUACUCCAGACUUUUACGGUAAAUCACCACUUCACUUGACUGCUUGUGAUUCUCUCCACGUUCCUGUUAGGUCGUAAAGCCUCAUUUCCCUGAACACAAGCGGGAAUUGUCCACACACAUGACUCUGUGCAGCAGUGAUCAUCUCCACCAACUUGAGUCACAAAUUCCUAUCACAAGAAUUUAGUUUACGUGACAUAUGCAUAUCACAGUUUCUAAGAGAAUUUCAGAGGGAAAGCUUUUUUUGCAUCAGCAAUGCAGUGUCUCACAAAUGUGUUUUAGCAUUUAUAACAAAAGUAGAUACAAGAGUGGAUGCUGUGAAGGGAUGGUGAUUACUCUGCACUCUAUAAUCUGGAAAUUGUCAAAGGAAACCUGCUGACUUCCUGUUGAAGCGUGACGAUCCUUCGAAUGCGGAGAGAGAUGUUUUUACUUCUUCUGCUUCAACUUGCUUCUCUUAGAUGUGCGCCAGUACAACAGGUGAUUCUGUUUCUGAGACUGUGCCAAGAAGUAAAGCACAACUCUUUUAUUAUCGGAUUCUAAAUGUCUUAAGUCGAGGGCCACUCUGUAAAGUUGACUCCUGGUUGCCCGUGUGCAAACGACUGAGAAAAUGAGCCUGUCUUUUAAAAUCCUCUAUGCUCUGUAAAUGCGUUAUGACACUGAUGCAAUCUUUCUGUUCCUUGGUAGUAGUCUUAUUCUCUUUGUUGUUUGUAAGGCAAGGCGCUUGUACAGAUUAUAAACAUUUACAAUAUGAUGAAAAAAAAGUGGUUAAAAUACAAUUUUCAUUUCUUAAAACAGCUUAUUCCACAUUUUUGAACAUUUUUUAUUUGCUUUUAGUGUUUUUUUAAUUUCUUUUUAGAAUCUCUAGCAAGCACAAUGCGUUGCUUCUUUAAUGUGAAUACGGUAAAUAGGUUUAACAUGUUCUUUGAGGGUUUUUUCUGGAAAGAAUCACUGUAGAUGUAACCUUUUUUAUUUUUUACUUCAUUUUUGCAAUCUUUAAAAUGUGUACAUGUUAAACCUGUGGUUAUAUUGAGCUUGAAUGCUGUGUUUUGAAAUUAAACAAACGUUAACUGUA